AAACCCUAAUCUCCUUCUAGACUCUUCUCUUCUCUUCUCUCUCUUUUUAUAUACACACACACUCCAUUUCAUCUCUGCCAAACAAUCUCUCUCUCUCACACAAGUUUCUCUCUCUAAAAGACUGAAGCAUGUACCGUUUUGCAGCAAAUCUUGCCUCCAAAGCCAGGGUUGCAAGAAACAGCAGCCAGCAGAUUGGUGGUAGAUUAGGUGGGUUGAGAAAUUAUGCAGCUAAAGAUAUUAGAUUUGGAGUUGAGGCUAGAGCUUUGAUGCUUAAGGGUGUUGAAGAACUUGCUGAUGCUGUUAAAGUUACUAUGGGCCCUAAGGGGCGGAAUGUAGUGAUUGAACAAAGUUGGGGCGCCCCGAAAGUGACAAAGGACGGCGUGACGGUUGCAAAAAGCAUCGAAUUUAAGGACAAAGUCAAGAACAUCGGUGCAAGCCUCGUAAAGCAGGUGGCGAAUGCUACAAACGAUGCUGCCGGUGACGGUACAACAUGUGCUACUGUCCUCACUCGUGCAAUAUUCGCCGAGGGCUGCAAAUCAGUGGCAGCUGGCAUGAACGCCAUGGAUCUAAGACGUGGUAUUACAAUGGCUGUCGAUGCUGUGGUUACAAACUUGAAAAGCAGAGCAAGAAUGAUAAGCACGUCCGAGGAGAUUGCUCAGGUUGGAACAAUUUCUGCAAACGGAGAUAGAGAAAUCGGCGAGCUGAUUGCGAAGGCUAUGGAAAAAGUCGGCAAAGAGGGUGUCAUCACAAUUCAAGAUGGGAAGACUUUGUUCAAUGAAUUGGAAGUCGUCGAAGGGAUGAAGCUAGACAGAGGUUAUAUCUCCCCGUACUUCAUCACAAACCAAAAGAACCAAAAAUGCGAAUUGGACGACCCUCUAAUUCUGAUUUACGAGAAGAAAAUUUCCAGCAUUGCUUCAAUUGUGAAAGUUCUUGAACUGGCUUUGAAGAGACAAAGGCCUCUUCUGAUAAUUGCUGAAGACGUUGAGAGCGAUGCACUUGCAACUCUUAUUCUGAACAAGCUUAGAGCUGGCAUUAAGGUUUGUGCUGUAAAAGCUCCAGGAUUUGGUGAAAACAGGAAAUCGAACAUGCAGGAUCUUGCUGUUUUAACUGGAGGCCAGGUCAUAACUGAGGAGCUGGGAAUGAACCUAGAUGACGUGGAGCUUGAUAUGCUCGGCUCGUGCAAGAAGGUCACUAUAUCGAAGGAUGAUACCGUUGUACUUGAUGGAGCUGGUGAGAAGAAAUCGAUUGAAGAAAGAUGUGAACAGAUUAGGUCAACAAUUGAGUUGAGCACUUCGGAUUACGACAAGGAGAAGUUGCAAGAAAGGCUUGCUAAACUUUCUGGUGGUGUCGCUGUGCUAAAGAUUGGAGGAGCUAGUGAAGCAGAAGUUGGUGAGAAGAAAGACAGAGUAACAGAUGCUUUAAAUGCAACGAAAGCUGCAGUCGAAGAAGGAAUUGUACCCGGUGGAGGUGUUGCUCUACUCUAUGCUGCAAAAGAAUUAGAUAAAUUGGCGACCGCAAACUUCGAUCAGAAGAUCGGUGUUCAAAUUAUUCAAAACGCACUUAAGAUGCCCGUUUAUACGAUAGCAGCAAAUGCUGGAGUAGAAGGUGCUGUUGUCGUCGGGAAAUUGUUGGAAUCGGUAGAUCCCGAUCUUGGUUAUGAUGCAGCUAAAGGUGAAUACGUUGAUAUGGUGAAAGCUGGAAUUAUCGACCCGUUGAAAGUUAUCAGAACAGCCCUUGUAGAUGCUGCUAGCGUGUCUUCUUUGAUGACGACUACCGAGGCGAUUGUGGUGGAGCAGCCAAGUAGCGAUAAGGCGGGACCACCAAUGGGUGGCGGCGGCAUGGGCGGCAUGGGUGACAUGGAUUAUUAAGAAGCUGUGAAAGAUGAUUUAACUAUGCCCUGACUAUAUAUUUGUUUAAAACAAAAAAAAAAACAAAUAAAUCUAGGUUUUUCCUUUUUGUGCCGUUUUGACGAGGGUUUUUUAGUUGCGGGACCUAAUUUAUCGUAUUAAAUACGAAGGAUUGAUGAGAAAAUUCGGGCAAAAACAAUGAUUCGUGUAGAGGGUUAUUAGACUCUGUAAUUGUUUCGAACAAUUGCCGUUGUUUUGGGUAAUUAUUGUCUAUCUAUGGUUAUCUAACAACUUGCUUUUGGUUGAACCAAAUACGUGCACGUGUUUGAUUAAUAAAAUUCGUUUUUCUUACCGAUCGA